AUCCUCGACUAUAUCGUUCCACCCGUGACCGUCUUCCAUGUUAAUGAGACAUAAUAUGCCUCGUCUCAGCCAGCGAUGGCAGACAGAAACGCCACCCCAAAGACUCCUCCAACUUUCAGGGGAGCGACACGCAAGACCCCUUCAUGCGUGGUCUGCAACAGGCGCAAAGUCAAAUGCGAUCGCCAGGAUCCUUGCUCUGCAUGCACCAGGAAUGGAGUUGAAUGCAUAUACCGAGCACAUUUUCCCCCGCGACGCCGGAAGAGGCAACGGUCUGAUGGAGCCCAUCCCAGUCCUUUAAGGCAAGACCCAGGCCCUGCUGGUUCUAGAGGUCGGCAUGGAAUGCUUUCGCCAACUAUCACACCUAAUGCGUCUGUUACGUCUGCUCAGGCUGAUCCGGGGUUGUUGAUUGCAGGAGGGGGGAAAUCUGUCUAUGUUGAUGGGAACAUGUGGUCGAGCAUCCGGGCGGAGCUGCCAUCUGCGGAGGAUGUGUUACGUGAUGCCUCAGUCUACAGUGACUCGAGUGAGCCCUUGCCGGAGAUGGACGAUGAAUCUUCUCUCAUUCUAGGCUCAAAGACGAAGAAGAAAAUAACGGAGUUGCAUCCUGAAGCUUUACACAUCUUCAAACUGUGGCAGGUCUUUCUGGAGAACGUGAACCCGUUAAUCAAGAUUCUGCAUGGUCCCACAGUCCAGCAGCAGAUCAUCGAUGCCACUGGGGAUUUGGGCGCCGUGCCAAGAGGGCUCGAGGCGCUGAUGUUCUGUGUAUAUUGUAUCUCGUUGAUCUCGAUGACCUCACAAGACGUGCAAAAGGCUUUCGGCCACAGCAAGACUGCACUCCUUUCUAGGUUCCGUCGUGGGGCUCGGCUUGCGUUGUCCAAUGCGGGCAUUUUACGAACGUCGGACAUUGUGGUUCUGCAGGCCUUUGUCUUGUAUUUGUUCUCAAUGCGCGCAUUCUCUGAUCCACAAUCAAUCUGGUCCCUAUGUGGUGUCGCCAUCCGGCUGGCACAGCGUAUCGGACUUCAUCGCGAUGGCUCUCUUCAUGGCCUUUCUGUCUUCGAGACCGAGAUGCGCCGACGUCUUUGGCUUCAGCUAAGCAUACUGGAUGCCACCACGGCACAGCUUACAGGGAUUACUUCACAGACCUCGUUGAUGGCCGCUGAUGUACGGCGUCCAGCAAACGUUAAUGAUUGUGACUUGGACCCACGCAUGACGGACAGUCCCCGUGAACAUAGUGGAGCGACUGAGAUGAUUUUUUGCCUGGCACGUUGCGAAUUCGGAGAGUGGCUAACUCGAUGGUCCAAGCUUUCAGGUACCUUUCCUACCAGUCAGGGGUUCCUGAGCAUUUCUACAGUUUCGCUAGCUGAGAAGGAUAGAGCAAUCGAUGAGCUAAGUCAUAUCUUCGACACCAAAUACCUCAAGUAUUGUGAUGCCUCAAUUCCACUUCACCAAAUGACAAAAAUCGUGAUCCAUUCUAUCGUCUCUCUACUACGGUUCUCUGCACAUCAUCCUCGCCACGACGCUGAAAUGGGAGGCCACAAAUCACAAGCCGAACGAGACCAGGUAUUCUCCAUAUGCUUGCGUCUGGCCGAGGGCUGUGAUAUAAUUCAAACGAGCGACAUCACCCAACGAUAUAUGUGGCAUGUGGAGAACCAUAUCCCCUGGACCCCAUUGAUUCACAUGCUCUACGAGUUGCGAUACCGUGUCGACGGGGAGGAGCCGGACAGAGCUUGGCUCUUUAUCGAUCGGAUUUGUAGUCGACAUUUCCACGAUGUGAAGGGGCAGCGACAGAGGACGGCUUUCAGCGUGGCGCUGCAGAACCUGCUUAUGAAAUCUUGGAAGGCACAUGCAGCUGAACGCGCCCAUCGCAACAGGCCCCCGUUGACAUGCCCGACUAUUGUGUCUAUUAUUUGGGAUAUGCGGAGCAGACAACAAACGGCCUCUUACAAUGAAAAUCCGAUCAAUUCUCAACAGGAGGUUACAGUGGACAAUGGUGACCAAAGCCAGAAUCAGCUCGAUGGGGUAGUCAUGCCUCAUGGACUCGGGGCCUUUGAUUUGGACCAGAACAGCAGCGACCUGAGUCCCAUGGACUGGAAUCAGUGGGAUCAAUUGCUUGAAGAUUUUCAGCACCAGUGCACAAAUGAGGGCGAACCCCAUCUCAACUUAGCAUGA